AAGGUUUCUUCAGCUCUGGACAGAACAAGGCUCCACACUCGGUUGGCCUGCCGCCCAGGAGCGUGCAGAUAGAGCCCUCUGGGUACCUGCUUUAGCACCCUGGAGCAGCAACAAAGGCUGGGAGAACUGUCAACAAUGAGUGACUUAUCUCUACCUACAAGUCCAUAAGAGACUGCUGUGACCCCUGUGCCUGAUGAGGAGGGACAUAAAUGGGAUGGGCUGUAGGAGAGCUUCAGAGAGGCCGCAGCUUUGGCGAAAGGGUGUGAGCAGCCCCUGGCUGCAGUCACUGACUCCAUGAGGAAGCAGGAGGCGAGGACAGACAGAGAAACAUGCCUGGCCUACAAUGUUGGAUCCCCAGCUGAGCAGGUGAAGGCCCUUGUGGAUCUGCUGACCAGGAAGGGUGGUGGGCUACUGCAGGCCCCUGACAAAAUGCCAGACUCCCCCCUGGGAUCCCAAAGCAACGACUCAAGGAUACGGAGGUACUGUGAGGCCCUGCUGAGCAGGGUGGGGAAUGACCCAGAACCGAGCAGCCCCUCACAUAGGCUGGCCAGCCUCCUGCUGGUAGAGGGCCUGACAGACCUGCAGCUAAGGGAGCAUGACUUCACACAGGUAGAAGCCACACGUGGGGUCUGGCACUCUGCCAGGGCCAUCACCCUGGAUAGGCUCUUCCUGCCUCUGUCCCGGGUGUCCAUCCCACCUCGCAUCUCUGUCACCAUUGGAGUGGCUGGCAUUGGCAAGACUACUCUGGUGAGGCACUUUGUUCAUUGCUGGGCCAGGGGACAAGUGGGCAAGAACUUCUCAUUGGUGCUGCCCCUGACCUUUCGGGAUCUUAACACCUAUGAGAAGCUGUCUGCCGACAAACUCAUCCACUCCAUCUUCCCAAACACUGGUGAAGGUAAUCUGGUGGCAACAGCCCCAGACCGAGUCCUCCUGGUCCUAGAUGGCUUGGACGAGUGUAAGACACCCCUGGAGUUCUCCAAUACCAUGGCCUGCACAGACCCAAAGAAGGAGAUCCAGGUAGACCACCUGAUCACUAACAUCAUCAGAGGCAACCUCUUUCCAGACAUUUCCGUCUGGAUCACCUCCCGUCCCAGUGCUGCUGGUCAGGUCCCUGGGGGUCUAGUGGACCGAAUGACUGAGAUUCGGGGUCUUACUGAGGAAGAGAUAAAAGUGUGUCUGGAGCAGAUAUUUCCUGAGGACCAGAAUCUCUUAGGCCAAGUGUUGAGUCAAGUGAGGGCCAACAGGGCUCUGUAUCUGAUGUGCACUGUGCCAGCCUUUUGUAGGCUCAUGGGGCUGGCACUGGGUCACUUGUACCACAGCAAGCUGGCUGUCCAAGACACUGAGCUGCCGCUGCCUCAGACCCUGUGUGAGCUCUACUCUUGGUAUUUUAGGAUGGCCCUAAGUGGGGAGGGGCAGGACAAGGGAAAGAUAAGUUCUAGGAUUGAGCAGGUGGCCCAGGGAGCCCGCAAAAUGAUGGGGACAUUGGGCCGCCUGGCUUUCCAUGGGCUGGUCAAGAAGAAAUACGUGUUUUAUGAGCAAGACAUGAAGGCAUUUGGCGUGGACCUGGCUUUGUUGCAGAGUGCUCUGUGUAGCUGGCUUCUGCAACGGGAAGAGACUCUGGCCUCCUCAGCAGCUUAUUGCUUUACUCACUUAUCUCUGCAAGAAUUUGUGGCAGCCACAUAUUACUACAGUGCAUCCAAGAGAGCCAUCUUUGACCUCUUCACUGAGAGUGGUAUGUCUUGGCCCAGGCUUGGUUUUCUUACACAUUUCAGGUGUGCAGCCCAGAGGGCCACACAAGCUAAGGAUGGGAGGCUGGACGUGUUCCUGCGCUUCCUCUCUGGCCUCCUAUCUCCAAGGGUUAAUACUCUGCUGGCUGGCUCCCUGCUGGCCCAAGGCGAGCAUCAGAAUUAUCGAGCCCAGGCAGCUGAGGUCCUACAAGGCUUGCUACGUCCUGACACUGCAGUUUGUGCACGUGCUAUCAAUGUCUUGUACUGCCUGCAUGAGCUGCAGCACACAGAACUGGCCUGCAGUGUGGAGGAGGCCAUGCAGAGUGGCACCUUGGCUGGGUUGACUGGCCCCUCACAUCGCACUGCUCUGGCCUACCUCCUGCAGCUGUCUGAUAUCUGCUCCCAGGAGGCCAACUUAUCCCUGUGCCUGAGCCAGAGUGUCCUCCAGAGCCUGCUUCCACAGCUGCUUUAUUGCCAGAGCCUCAGGCUGGACAACAACCAGUUCCAGGAUCCUGUGAUGGAAUUGCUGGGCAGUGUGCUGAGUGGGAAGGACUGUCGCAUUCAAAACAUCAGCCUGACUGAGAACCAGAUUGGUAACAAAGGGGCCAAAGCUCUGGCCAGAUCCCUCCUGGUGAACAGAAGUCUCAUCACACUAGACCUCCGGAGUAACACCAUUGGACCACAGGGGGCUAAGGCGCUGGCAGAUGCUCUGAAGAAAAACCGAACUCUAACCUCACUGAGUCUCCAAAGCAAUGUGAUCAAGGAUAAUGGUGUCAUGUGCAUGGCUGAGGCCCUGGCCUCCAACCAGACAAUCUCCAUACUACAACUACAGAAGAACCUAAUUGGGCCUACAGGAGCCCAGCGGAUGGCAGAUGCCCUGAAACUGAACAAGACUCUGAAGGAACUCAUGUUUUCCAGUAAUACCAUUGGGGAUAGAGGUGCCAUGGCUCUGGCUGAGGCCCUGAAGGUGAACCAGGGCCUGGAGAACCUAGACCUACAGAGCAAUGCUAUCAGUAACACUGGAGCGGCAGUGUUGAUGCGAGCCCUCUGUGUUAACCAGAAACUCUCCAGUCUCAACCUACGAGAAAACUCCAUCAGCCCAGAGGGAGCCCAGGCCCUCGUUCAAGCUCUCUGCAUGAACAACACUCUAAAGCACUUGGAUCUGACAGCCAACCUCCUCCAUGACCAAGGUGCCCAGGCCAUUGCAGUAGCAGUAGGAGAAAACCAAUGUCUCACACACCUUCACCUGCAGUGGAACUUCAUCCAGGCUGGUGCAGCUAGGGCUCUGGGACAAGCACUCCAGCUGAACAGGACCCUGACAACCUUAGAUUUACAGGAGAAUGCCAUAGGGGAUGAAGGAGCUUCUGCAGUGGCCAGGGCCCUGAAGGUGAACACAACCCUCACUGCUCUCUACCUACAGGUGGCCUCCAUUGGCACCCAAGGGGCCCAGGCACUUGGGGAGGCACUGGCUGUGAACAGAACCUUGGAGAUUCUCGACUUACGAGGAAAUGACAUCGGGGUAGCUGGUGCCAAGGCCUUGGCAAAUGCUCUGAAGUUAAACUCCAGUCUCCGAAGACUCAAUCUCCAAGAGAACUCACUGGGGAUGGACGCGGCCAUAUAUGUCGCUGCUGCGCUGUCUGAGAACCACGGUCUGCAUCAUAUUAAUCUCCAGGGAAAUCCCAUUGGUGAAUCUGGUGCCAGGAUGAUCUCAGAUGCUAUCAAAACAAAUGCUCCCACAUGCACUGUGGAAAUGUAAGGAAAGCAAGUUCCUGGUGGACCACGCAGAGACUCAACUGGAAGCUUUUCAUCAGUGACCUACCUCUGUUUCUGCAUAUCUUCCUGGAACCUGAAUGCUGCUGAGCCAGCUCUCAAGCUGGUUUCCUGGACAGAGGCCACACAUGUCUUUCAUGUGUCAGUCAGAGGGAAGAUGGAUACUCUGUGACAGCACACAGAAGAGAAGGAGCUGCUGCCAAGGGGCACUCAGGGACAAAAUCUCAAAGCUCCACAAAGUAGGAAGCUGGUUCUGGCUUAUUCAUACCCUGGGGUCUUCAUAGCCCCAAGUUACAAAACAGCAACAACAAAACCAAAUGUGUUUCUGCUCUUGUGCACUCACAUGGCUAACAUCUUCAGUCUUUUGAAUCCAGGUGCAGUCUUCAAGCUCAGUAAGCACCUCAGCUUGGCAAAGGUGAUAAUGGGCUCAAUUUUUCUUUUCUCAAGAGAAGAAAAAAGGUUUGGGCUGUGACCCUUAGAUACAUAUGGAGAAAAUAUGAGAAAUUUGUGAAGAUAAAUGAAAGGUUAAUUCUAAGUUUCUGGAGUUUAAGUCUCCAAAGGCUCUGCGUUCUGUAAGAUCUCUCAGACAUGUAGAAUGGUCUGCCAUAUUUGGAGUCCAGCACACUGGUUAUCCAUUGCAAAUUAAGUGUUGAUACUUUGAUGCCAUUAUCCUAUUUAGGCAUCUAAAACCUCUACAGUGGCAAUGACUUUCCCUUGGAGACAAAUAAGCUAUGCUUCCAUGUGGCAAAUUCCCUCCAUUGUCUGAUUGAAAUAGGAAAACCUAAAUGACCUUCAUAGAUCUCAACUAAGCCACUAAGAUAAGUGCUUAUAAAGGCCACAAAGUGAGUCCAGUUGGGUGGUGCACACAAAUGUGUGGAGGCACACACUUGUAAUUCUAGUACUUGAGAGGCUGAGAAAGAAGGAUCAUGACUUUGAGGCUAGCUUAAACUACAUUGAGAGGUUCUCAAAACCAAAACAAAAAUAUAAAAAUAAACAUUCAGAUGAAUUAUCAUGGAGGCUAAUAAGGAGCGGUGUUAACCCGAUUAUGUAAGAAAAGAAGUAUCUUAGCAAGUAAGGUGACAAAUGCUGUUGUAACAAAGGGAUUAAACUUAAGCCAGACACAGUGUUAUGUACCUGUAAUUCCAGCACUUGGAGGAAGCAGGAGGAUUAGGAGUUCAAGGUUGUCUUUGGAUACAUGGUGAGUUCAAGAUCAGUUUCUGCUGCAUGAGAUCCUGUCUCAAGAAAAACAGAAGAAAAUAACCUGACAGCCAUGGGGCAAAUGAAUAUCAUGCAUGACUGUAGACACGGCACUGACAGAGCAUUUCUGCCACAAGUGCUUACCCAAGCCUAAUUGCAGAGGUGUGGCAACUCCAAAUGGAAGGACUUUUUACAAAGCUGGCUUGACUGCUGAAAAAUAUUACAACAGUCUGGAGAUGGUUUUAAACUAAACAAAUGAAAAGGACCUAACAGUCCUUGAUGGGCACUUAGGCUGGAGGAAAAAUAUAAUCUUCAAAGAAUGGUACUUGGAAAUUGAAGCUGUAUCAAUUUGGUUUUGAAGGGUACUGUUUGUGGGUAUAGAAUGCUACUCUCUUUCUUUUGGUACUUUUAUGAUGUUGCUCUCUGACUGGGGCUACAUCCAGCUCAGUGGAGUAGGUCCUGGGUUCUAUCCCCUGCACUGCCAACAGCAACUUUGCUAUAGGUUUCUGGCUUACAUUGUUUCUAGCAGAAGCUCAGCAGACAGAAAGACAUCAGUCAGUCAGUAGACAAAUGCUUGGAUAGUCUAGUAUGGAAGUCUGAGGCCCAAACACUGUGAGGACAGAGGACACUCUCCAAGGAUGCUGAGAGCAAGUCCCACCAUGCCUAGAAGGUCCCCUUCCAGAAGUUCUGUCCAGACCCCACUGGCGAGGCUUCACAGCACUCUGGGAGCAAGGAGAAAGGUUUACUGGGUCUAGCUGCAUCACCACAAAGCAAGCCAGAAUGUGAGUGUGGAACUGAGACAGGCCGAUACCCACAACAGUGGUUUGGUUCUCUUCCUAGUGUUUUUAUGUUUGUUGUUUUGUCUGGACAGUCUCUGUUGCUGUCUUGUGCAUCCUUCCCUGCAGCACACCCUCUGCUGUUAAGUGCACCUUGCUACUCUUCAUCUCAGACUGUUUCUAUCUGUUUAGGAUGGCACUUCAGUCUCAGUUUCUCCAGCUUUGCCACUUCCAUCUGUUUUCCACAGCACUGAGAAACUGCUGUCAUUCACUCUGCCCUCUUCUCUGAUUCUUGGUGUCUGUGGAUUUACUGAUAUGAGAAUUUCUUCUUCUUACUUCUCCUCUCCCCUUUUCUUCAUUCUUCCCUCUUUGCCUCCCUUCCUUACUCAGGUUUUACUGGAAUUUUAGGAGCAUAUAGAGAGAAAUGAACACAUUCUGUUCAUAGGUUUAUCUGAGGCCCCCCAAGUCUGUUUAUUUAUAAGCCAUUAUUGUACAUCAUUAUGCAGACGUUAGGUGUGUACAUUCCCAAAAUGCCUCCACUGCCUGCUACUCACACCCCUGAUUUGCAUCACCUCUAGGAACUUUUCUUCAGACACUUGAAUCUAGUUCAAGGUCAUUGCCUGAGCUCUUCCUAUAACACUAAGCCUGGGCUGGCCCCUCAGAUUUCUAUGUAGACCAAGCUAGUCUUGAGCUCACAGAGAUCGACCUGUCACUGUCUUCAGAGUGCUAGGAUUAAAGAUGUGCAGUACCAUGCUCAGCUCAGAGUGAUUUCUCUCUCUCCUCUCUCUCUCUCUCUCUCUCUCUCUCUCUCUCCUUCCAUCCUUUCUUUCUUAUUCUUUUUUUGUUUUUGUUUUUUGAGACGGGGUUUCUCUGUGGCUUUGGAACCUGUCCUGGAACUAGCUCUUAUAGGUCUUGUAGACCAGACUGGCCUUGAACUCAGAGAUCUGCCUGUCUCUGCCUCUUGAGUACUGGGAUUAAAGACAUGCACCACCAAUGUGCAGCUUUUGAUUUAUUUUUUUAAACUUUAUUUCUGGUGGUUGCUAUUUACUCAUGGAGCAAAACUUAAGUAAUUCCUUAGCAAAACAUAUGAAGUUCACUUUGCUAUUCUCUUACUACUCUCCAAGCAUUUCGGCCUUCUGUGUCUACAUUUCAUGAACAGACCAUGUCUUCUGUUACCGCUAUGCUUCUGUAGUUCUGUCCUACCCGAUCUUUUAAAAAAGAUUUACUUUUAACUCUGUGUGUGUGUUUGUGUGUAAG